UGAUUACACGACACUUCGCCAACCGGCGGAGCUCUAUGGUCAGCAACGGAUGCCUCAGUGGGCAUUGAGGGCGAGAGUGACCAAAGCUAUCCAAUGUAUAUUGAUGAAGACUCAGAGGCCGACGAUUUCCAUGAUCAUCAAGGCGGGGAGAUAGGUCGUGAAUGUGAUAGUGCAAAUUUCGACAGCAGCUUUGACAGAAAUCAGUAUGCCGAAGCAUAUGAUGCUGAAAGGAGUGCGCUGAUGGGCGGUGCGCCGAUGGGUGGGGAGCUGCACGGUAUCUACGGUGGCGGCAGGGACGCAUUCAGCAACGGCAAUGGUAGGGAUGCCACUAACAGCGAUGACAGUAGCUUCAGCGCCUGUAUUGAUUUUUCCCAGUGCGAGCGCAACGAAACUCGGGGACCAGACGACCUGUACACACCGUGCUGGAUCCGUGGCAUUGGCAAGGAGAAAGAAGGACUCUGUCCAAUGUGCUACAGGGAAGGCAAGAUCGGGUGGAAACGGCUAAAGUGCAGCGCCUACUGGUAAGUGGAGUGCACACGAUCCGUCAUGGCAUGUAAUGGCACAUCCGAUUUUGCGGUCUUGCAAAAAUUGGCGCGGCGAAUAAGGAGGAGGAUAGAGAAGCUUGAUCUAUAAAAAGACCUGCUAUUUAUCGCAAGGCGCUAUUAACCACAUUUACCGCAUACUGUUGCGAACUGUGUGUUUCGGUUGGGCGGCCCCACGAGUAGGUACCAUCUGAAUUACUUCCACGGCAUCUCGUCGCUCUCCGGGAGAGCAUACCCGAAGCCAGAGGCUAGGCGCACGUCGCAAGAUCAGCGGGGCCGUUGCCGUAAACAAGGACUCUGUCCAGUGUGCAAGAAGUG